AUGCUGCACUACAGCGUUAACACCAAGUUCGAGCAGCUGAACAUGAAUCACUCGACACAAGGAAAAUUGGAUCACUGUGGUGUGUUUGAUCAUGAUGUAGCAACACACGUGGUUACAGCAGUGCUAUACGGAGCGGAUGCCUACUUUGUGUUUGAUAGAGAGGUGAAUUUAUCUGAGGAUAAAACUAAUGUACAGGGAGAUGUAAAGAUUUUCCUUGAUAAACUGCAGAUGCUUUCUUCUGCUGAGGCACAGGUAGAACUAGACCCGAAUGAAAAUGAGAAGGCUACAGUGAAAAAAUGUAGUUGUACAUUUUAUGGUGAUUUCAUGUUUCUCUCGAAUCCAUCAACCUUUGAAGAUGCUGUGAAGGUUUACACUGAUCUUCCAAAGAUGCUUGGACAUAAUGGAGAACAUGCAGUUCCAGUUAAAGUGUGGCUUUUUCCUCUGGUCAAACUGAACUCAAGAGCAGCCAAACUUCAAAGAAACAUCACUCGUGAUCUCAUUAGAGAUGUGGAGUCAGUAAUCGAGGCUUUAAAUAUCAUGGAGAUGAAAUGUGGUGACCUGUUGCAAGAUACAGUGGCAAAAUCCUUCAGCACAUUUCACAAGCAAGUUCAGGAUUUUCAGAAAGUCUGUUUUGAGUACAAGCGAGAUUUCAUGACAAAACUAGGGUCCCUCCUGCCAGAAAUCCGUGGAGGUAAAUCAGAUAUAAAUGCCCUGAGUGAACUUCUAGAAGUCCAUGAAAAAUCUCCUUUUAAUACCUGUGAUCUUCAGCAGUGGACAAGAAUGAAUGAAAAUAAAUCCGACCAAGUAAAAACACUGCUAGAGCAGAAGUGGAUGAUGACAGACAAAUAUCUACUAGACUUGAAUGUGUUAUGA